AAGAAGAUAUAAGAACUGUCAAGCACACACUCCAUGUUGCCUAAAAGUAUUCCAAUUUGCUCCCAACAUUUUCCCAAGUAUAAAAUAAACAAAUCUGAAAGAUGUCAAAACGAUGCGUUUUAAAGCUAAUAAAACCGUGCCACGGUCCACGGCCCACCGUGCCAUUUUACAGGGCAAAUGUGAAGGCCCAAAUGGCCAUUCCGUUGGAGGAGAUGACACAAAACGCUGCGUUUUGAGCUCUGAUGCUCUCUUCCCUGCUUCUGGGUCCGGCUCUCAGUUUCAGAGUCUCUUGGCUCUCAUUCUCAGUCACCAUCUUCAAUCUCUUACCGAAAAAACCACUAAAAAAGAUUUCAAUUGGAAGUGGAAGAUAUUUAGUCACUCAGUGGGUGCCAUAUAUGGCACGGCAGCAUUUGGUUCUGCAAUUGAGGAUUUCCCCUCGUACUUUAAUAGUUGCAAUCCAAAAACAAAAGGAGAUUCACUCAAGGAGGUACUCAUGGGUAAACUUACAAUCAGUUUGUCCGUAUCAGUAGAUUCCAAACAGUGGGUUCUUGGCCAAUUUGUAUAUAUUGAUGGUUUUCUUAAUUACUGGAUUAGUUGAUCAUCAUUGUUGAGAAAAGAAUAUAGAAUUCUCUUAAACCUUGGAGAAGGUUUCUAUAUUUACUAAAGGUAUAUAUUUUAAGCUUGUCCUAA